AUAAAGACCAGAAGAACAGCUGAUUAUUGAUCUUCAGCUUCUCCAGUAUCAAAGAUCUAAUUGUUAAAAUGACCAGACUCACAAUCCUUGCAGGCCUGUGCCUGGUGCUGUGCCAUUUUGGCUCAACACAAGAACUGGGCUGCUAUUUCACCAACUGGUCCCAGUACAGACCAGGCGUUGCGAAGUAUAUGCCUUCAAAUGUGGACCCUUUCCUCUGCACCCAUCUGUUCUACGCUUUCGCCCUCAUUGACAACGCCAACGAGCUGGUCACCUCCGAGUGGAAUGAUGAGACUUUCUAUGCAGCUUUCAAUUAUCUGAAGAACAAGAACCCAGCCCUGAAGACACUUUUGGCAGUUGGUGGAUGGACCUUCGGCUCGACUCAAUUCUCCAUCAUGGUGUCCACUCCUGAAAACCGUCAGAAGUUCAUCCAGUCCUCCAUCACAUUCCUGAGAACUCAUGGAUUUGAUGGUCUGGAUCUGGACUGGGAAUAUCCUGGAGCCAGAGGCAGCCCUCCUGAGGACAAGCAGAGAUUCACCCUGCUGUGCAAGGAAAUGAAAGCAGCCUUUGUUGAUGAGGGCAGAAUUACUAAGCGUCCAAGGCUUAUACUCAGUGCUGCGGUGCCAGCGGGCAAGAAAGACAUCGACACUGGCUAUGAAAUCAGUGAGCUUGGCAACUAUCUGGAUUUUGUCAAUGUGAUGACCUACGAUUUCCACGGAGCCGCCGACAACUUUACAGGACACAACAGCCCCCUGUACCAGGGAGCUCAGGACCAGGGCGAUCAAGUCUUUUUAAACACGGACUACGCCAUGAGGUACUGGAGGGACAAUGGUAUCCCUGUGGAGAAGCUGAGGAUGGGAUUUGCCACCUACGGCCGUACCUUCACCCUCUCUUCUGCAAAUAAUGGGGUUGGAGCUCCAACUAGUGGACCUGCUGCACCGGGAACCUACACCCAGGAAGCUGGAUUCUGGUCCUACUAUGAGAUUUGUGGUUUCCUGGAAGGAACCAAAGUUGAGUGGAUCACCGAUCAGAGAGUGCCCUAUGCCACCAAAGGGAACGAAUGGGUCGGCUUUGACACAAAAGAAAGCUUUGAAAUGAAGGUCCAAUAUCUAAAAGAAAACAAAUUCGGAGGAGCUUUCGUUUGGGCUCUGGAUCUGGAUGACUUUGCUGGACACUUCUGUGGACAAGGGAACCAUCCUCUGAUGGGUCAUCUAAACAAGCUUCUGAAUAUUCUAACAACCACCACCACCAUCACUACUCACAAGAACGCUCCAGGCUUCUGCAAUGGAAAGCCCGAUGGACUGUACCCUCAUGAAAACCCCAACCAAUUUUAUGACUGUGUGGCUGGAGAAACUACUGUGAGGAAAUGUGGACCGGGAACAGUGUUUAAUGAUGACUGUAAGUGCUGUGCCUGGGCGAAACAUUAAAACCCAAUAAACGGGCAUGGUGCAUUCAUAGCAUUCCGUGCAUGACACUGUGAUUCUGUUUGUUUGUUAGUUUGUGUUGGACGUCUUUAUAUUUACCUCAUUCAUCCAGAAUGUUUUAGAUCUGUUUGUUUUGUCAGGAAUAAAUAAGCUAAAAUUGCAGUUAGGUUAUAUACAGCAUUUUGCUUUAUGAAAUUUGUUAGCAUAGGAUAUCAAGUCAGUAAGUCAGGUAUAGUAUUUUUAAUACAGUAUAUGUUGAAUAAAAACCAAUAUAAUUCCUCUGAGAAUGUUAAAAUAUACAUAUAUGUUCCAUAUUAAAUCAUACUUAUAGAACAUAUAUGCUAUAUGUCGGUUAUUAAAACUGCAUAAUGCUGUUUUGUUUCAUGUUGCAUGUGUACCGGUACUUGUACACAAAUGGAGUGACAAUAAAAAGCCUCUUGCCUUGACCUGA